AUGGAUCCGCUUUCAUACAGCUACAAGGUCGACGAGGACUACACCCCCGUUCAGUCUCCUCGACCGCUCGAGCUCACCGUCCCUGCCACUCGCCCUUACCAGCUCAAGUCUCCACUGCUACGAGAGUGUCUCGCAGAAUUCCUCGGGACAUUCGUCCUCGUGCUCUUCGGAGACGGAGCCGUCGCUCAAGUCACGCUCAGCGACAACGCCAAAGGGAAUUACACCACGCUGUGCCUCGGGUGGGGAGUGGGCAUCCUCUUCGGCAUCCACGUCUCGGGAGGCGUCUCCGGCGCGCACAUCAACCCCGCCAUCACCACCACGCUCGCGCUUUUCCGACGUUUUGAAUGGCGCAAGGUCGUCCCCUACGUCGUGGCGCAGACGCUCGGCGCCUUCGUGGCCGCCUUCCUCAUAUGGGCCGUCUACAGGCCGCUCUUCGACGUUAUCGACCCGCACAAGACGACCACGCAGGGCGUCUUCGCCACGUAUCCCUACAGCAGCGACGUGUCCGUGGGCACUUGCUUCUUGACGGAGAUAGUGGGCACCGCUCUGCUGCUGUGCGGACUCUUUGCCAUCGGCGACGAGCUCAAUAAACCCGCCAACCCAUACUCGCAGCCCGGCGCAGUGGCACUGCUGGUCGUGGGUAUUGGCAUGGCGUUCGGCAUGAACUCGGGUUUCGCGCUGAACCCCGCGCGCGACUUGGGGCCUCGGUUGUUCGCCUGGGUGGCCGGGUGGGGCUCUCGGGUGUUCACGCUGCGUGACGCGUACGGUUGGGUCCCGCUGGUAGCUCCAUUGCUGGGCGGCGCGAUUGGAGCGGGCGUGUACGUUGGCCUCAUCGAGCACCACCACCCCCGCCAGUACAGCCAAGAGCACAACGCCCAGUUCCCUGACGUGAUGGAGCGAAUCGAUCUCUUUAGUACUUCAUCGUACAAGCCGUAG